GCAACCAUUUGAAUCAUUUAAAGAGCAAUCAAGAUUUACAAACUUUCGCACAUUCCUUAAAAAUCAUCAAAAGGAAAGCAGACUCAAUUUCAAGAGAAAUCAGAAAAAACGAUGGAAAAGCGUUGUUUUGUAAAUUUGCACCAUGUGCGUUGGCUAACCUACUACUGUUGUUAACUACCUUGCAAAUUUAUUUCUGUCCUGUACAGCUGAUUCAAAAAUUGGGUCAGAUUUCGUUGGGGACCAAGUUUGUGAUGAAAAUUUUGGAGUUGCUGAAUAAUGAGCAAGAACUAAAUGAGCUAAUGAAGGAAGUAAAUGAGGAUUGGGAAAAGCUAAUGAAGGAAGUAAAUGAGGAUUGGGAACAGCCAAUGAAGGAAGUGCUAGCAAAACUAAAAAAAACGAUGGUGAUGCCAUGUACCAACAUACUUAUUGCCCUACAAAAAAAAGGCUUCUUAACAUCAAUCUUCAAAAAAGAGGUCGGUGUUGGCAGAAAGCAGUAUUUUCUAAAUACGGCUAUUAAUGAAUUUAAAGUGUCGCAGCAUAAAGCAGGACUUAUGAUUUAUAUCACUGCCGAGAAGAGUCAUUGUGUCGUCUUGAUUAUGGACGAAAAUGGUGAAGAAGUGAAUAUUUACGACGCUACUAUCAACGAAGACGAAGUCGAAAAUUUGGAAAAUCUUCGCAGCUUACAGAUCCUCGUAUUGACUUAUACGAAUGAUAAGAAUGAUAAGAUACCUCUCAUUGAAAAAGAAUGGUCAAAGUGCAAAGAGUAUUUUUGUUCAAAUAACUAUGUUGAAGCGCAUAAAAGCAAUAACUCCGCCAAUUAACUGGAUUUUUCUUUUUAUAGUGAUUUGCAAUCAAUUUUGUAAUGCAUGUAGUAAUUGGUCACAGUUUUACGGUUUAUUAAUUGGUAAGAUGUCAAAAUUUUGAGUAUCAUAUAAUCACAAUGAUCUUUUUCUUAAAAA